AUGGCCGGCAUGUUGAGACUUGCCAUGGCCUUCUCUGUUUUGCUCUCUCUGUCUCUGCCAUCAUCCCAUGCCCAAACCGGUGCUUGUGGAAACUACAAAUUUACAAGCAACAAGAUCUUCACCUCCUGCAGCGACCUUCCCUACCUCAACUCUUUCCUCCAUUGGACCUUUGAACAAUCAACCGGGAAACUUCAAAUGGCGUACAGACACACAGGGAUCACAACCUCAAACUGGGUCGCGUGGGCCAUCAACCCAAACCUAAACAGUGAAUCGUCAGCCAUGCUUGGUGCUCAAUCUCUGGUUGCUUUUCAGCAAUCCAAUGGAACCACCAGGGUCUACAAGUCGCCUAUCAGCAGCUACCAGACCAAUUUGGCGGAGGGAAAUCUGGACUACGUGGUUUCUGAUUUGUCAGCCGAGUAUUUGAACAAUGAUGAGAUGAUCAUCUUUGCUACGUGGACUCUUCCCACCAAUUCAACCACCAUACUUCAGGUUUGGCAGCAGGGUCCGGUUUCCAGUGACUCGCCCUCAGUUCAUCCCACCGUUGCACCCAACACUAAUGCCAAGCAGACUUUGAAUUUGCUUUCUGGGCAGACAGCAUCGAGCGGUGGAGGCGGCUCUAGAAUUAGAAAGAAAAACAUCCAUGGAAUUCUAAAUGCAGUGAGUUGGGGUGUGUUGAUGCCUUUUGGAGCAAUGGUAGCAAGGUACUUGAAGGUCUUCAAAUCCGCAGACCCUGCAUGGUUUUACCUUCACGCCACUUGCCAAACCUCAGCCUACGUUGUUGGUGUUGCUGGCUGGGCCACUGGUCUUAAACUUGGUAGCGAUUCUACAGGCAUCCAAUACGACACACACAGAAACAUUGGGAUCACCCUCUUCUGCCUUGGAACACUUCAGGUCUUUGCUUUGCUUCUGAGACCCAACAAGGACCACAAAUUCAGAUUCCACUGGAACAUCUACCACCACGCAACUGGGUACGCUGUUAUCAUCCUCAGCAUCGUCAACAUAUUCGAAGGAUUUGACAUCUUGCAACCCGAGAAGAAGUGGAAGAAUGCAUACAUCGGCUUGAUCAUUGCCUUGGGUGUCCAAGCUGCAUUGUUGGAAGCUUAUACAUGGUAUGUUGUACUGAAGAGGAAGAGGUCAGAAAAGGCACCGCGCACGGCCAAUGGUGUCAACGGCUACAGUGCUUAG